AUGUCCUAUAACCAGUACGGUUACGGUUCUUCCCAGGGAGGAGGAGGAGGAGGAGGAGGAGGAGGCUAUGGUGGUGGUGGUGGUGGUCCGGGCUACGGCCAGCAAGCUCCCCCUCCCCCUCCAACCAACAUCCCCCCGCCCUGGUACCCCCAGUGGGAAGCGCACGCCGCCCGCUACAUCUUCAUCAACCCGCAGACCGGCGAGCGCAGCUACGACUUCCCUCGUGCCUCUUCCUACGGAGGAGCUUCCGCCGCUGCCUACGAUGGAGGCUACGCCGGCGGCGGACCCGGUGCGUCGAAUUAUGGAGGUUUCGAGCAAUCCAAACGACAACAGCAGCAGGCGAAGCAAAGCGGUGGUGGUGGUGGUGGUGGGCAUGGACUGCUCUACGGCGCUCUAGGAGCCGCCGCGGGUCUCGCGGGCGGCGCCUUCCUCGCGCACGAAGGCCACGAAGUGAAAGAGAAAUGGGAGCGAGAUGAAGAAGAGCGCGUGGACGACCGCUUCCGCCGCGACGAAGACGGAAUGCAAGACUUCUCGCGGCGAGAAGAAUACCGCGUCGAAGACUCGUUCCGCGGCGAUGAAGACCGCGUCGAAAACUUCGGCGACCGCGUGGAAGGGCGCGUGGAGGAAUUCCCGGAAGACGCGGCGGGCUGGGCGGGCAGGCGGGUGCAGGAUGUGGAAGACAUCCCGCAGGAUGUGGAGCAGGGGUUUGAUCGGUUCGGGAAUCGGAUUGAGCAGGGCUGGGACGACGUGGAGGAGGCACCGGAGAGGAUGGCGAAUUGGGUGGGGGAUGAGGUGGGUGGUGUGGAGAGGUUUGGGGAUCGCGUGGAUGAUGCGUAUGAUGAUGGACGGGAUGAGGGACGGAGGGAUGAUUGGUAG